AUGAGUAAACACUCUGAUGAAUUAAUGUUUGGAUAUGUGAUGGCAUUUCUUCAGUACGUUUUCCAUGCGAUGGAAUCAAGUAGAAUAGAGUGUGCAAAAACAGUAUCAUCAUAUCAAUUAACAAAGGAUUAUACACCUCAAUUUUCAAGUAUAACUAUAAAUGAUUGCUUUGUGAAACUGGCUUCUCAUUCAAGCCUAAUCUACAAUGACAACAAAACCAUCAAACAGUUGUGUCAUUAUUGUGCUUUUGAGGUAUUGAAAACUUCUCUUUGUUUUUUAAAUUAUACUGAAGAUGAAUAUACUUUUCGUUUGAGUCUCAUCUGUUUCUUUGUUCAAGCCAACUGCCAAGUGAGUGAUCAUACAAUUUCAUAUGAUCGAUGUUCAACCAACAGCGCUUGUGGUUGUUUUCCAAUGGCUGGUGCUCAGAAUGUUGGUGUGUGUGCUUUUCUCUGGAAGUUCUGUUCACAACUUGUUCCAUGUGGACCGUCACAAGACUGUUCUGAUAGAGAUCAUAUCUGUAUUCAUCAUCGUCGAUGCAGCAAUGAUCCUGUUUGUUAUCCAUUGUCGAUGAUGAACGAAAAUAUCUGUCCGCCAGUAGCCAUUGCGGCAACAACCACCACUACCGCAACAACAACUACUACUAGAAGUACUACAACGAAUAAAGCAAAGUUCACCAAUUGGAAACAAAACGGAAUGAUGGUUGCUGGUAGAAAUGCGAGUGGCCAACAUUCAACUCCACCUUUAAAGCCCAUGGGAAUUGCUUUUGAUAAAAACAAGACACUUUUGAUUGCUGAUCAUGACAGCGAUCGUAUUGUCCGAUGGGCAUCAGGUGAAAUUUAUGGAGCAACUGUUGCAGAUGGAUUCGGAAGGGGAAAUAAAUUUGAUCAACUAAAUCAACCAACACACAUGAUCUUUGAUGAAGGAAACAAUUCAUUCAUCAUUGCUGAUUGGGGAAACAGACGACUAAUUCGAUGGAUGCAUCGAUUUGGACAAGAAAUUCUACUGCAAAAUAUUUCUUGUUACGAUUUAGCAACAGACAAAUUCGGAUAUCUUUACAUCUCUGAUUCGGCUAAUGGUGAGGUGAGACGAUGGAAAAUGACAGAAAUCAAAGGAAAACAAGGAGUCUUAGUAGCUGGUGGAAACGGAAAAGGAAAUCAAUCGAACCAAUUAGAUAAUCCUUCCUUUAUUUUCAUUGACGACGAACAAUCAGUAUAUGUUUCGGACAGAUACAAUCACCGUGUAAUGAAAUGGGAGAAGGGUGCCAAAGAAGGAGCGGCCGUAGCUGGUGGAAAUGGAGCUGGAAAUUAUUCUGAACGACUGGAUGAGCCUCAAGGAGUAGUNGGAGUCUUAGUAGCUGGUGGAAACGGAAAAGGAAAUCAAUCGAACCAAUUAGAUAAUCCUUCCUUUAUUUUCAUUGACGACGAACAAUCAGUAUAUGUUUCGGACAGAUACAAUCACCGUGUAAUGAAAUGGGAGAAGGGUGCCAAAGAAGGAGCGGCCGUAGCUGGUGGAAAUGGAGCUGGAAAUUAUUCUGAACGACUGGAUGAGCCUCAAGGAGUAGUUGUUGAUGAGUAUGGUCGAAUCUAUGUGACAGAUUCUAAUAACCACCGAGUAAUGCGUUGGAAGAAAGGAAUGAAAGAAGGUGAACUCAUUGUUGGUGGCAAUGGAAACGGAAAUCAACCUAAUCAGUUGCAUAAACCUAUGGAUUUAUCGUUUGAUUCCGAAGGAAAUCUGUAUGUCGCUGACUGUUUUAAUCAUCGAGUGCAAAAGUUUGAUUCAAUUUAA